AUGGAGAAGCCACAAAGUGAAGAAGUUGUGUUGUUCGGGACAUGGGCUAGUGCUCACUGCACCAGGGUGCAACUCCCUACUUCACUACAACCCAGUCCACAAGAAGGUGCCUGUAUUAUACCAAGCUCAUAUGCAAUUAUCUUGUCCAAGGGCAAAGAACAAGAGAACGCCAUUAAAGAGUUCAACCAGCUGCUUAGCGCGUUUGAAGAAGGCAUCGAGAAGGAUUUCUCAACAAAAUUUCCUUCCAACGGUGGGAAUGAGACCUUGGGAUUUCUUGAAAUCGUUGUAGGUUCACACGCUUGCAACCAUCGAGCUUUUGAAGAGGCUGGGGUGCAGUUGUUGACCCAAAAGAGCACCCAGCAUUUUUCUCAUGGGUGGCUAAACUGA